AUGAAAUAAGUGUGGCCGUAAGUUCAUAAUUGCUGCAACUGGAGGAAGGUACUUGCGAGUUCAUUCCAUCAUUCUCUCUCCUGUUUCUGUUUGACCGUUUCCAUAAUACAAUGUUAAGAAAGGAUUAAACAUGUGUCACCUCCUCCUAGAAGCCCUCUCACAUUCCUCAGUCUAAAUUAGAUCCCCCUUUCCGGGGCUUGCCAAUUCACCUGACAUGCUGACCUGCAGUUCUGUGGUUUGCCCCUCCCUCCUGGGGGCAGGGGCUGCACAGGCAGGAGAGGUGUGGCUUCCACUUAACGUCCAGAUGCCCGCCUCCUCGGACUGGCACAGAUCGCACCCUGCUGGGCAAAGGAGGAAGAGCCAGAGGAUCCAGAUGCCUUGGAGGACUUGGAACACCUGUAACAGGACAGGGAGUUCUGCUCAGGCACGUGGCCACAGAAAACUACUUGGGAAGCCUGCGGUGAGAACAACAGCUCCUGGAGAAUCCCACCACUCUGGUGAAGUGAGCCCCGAGGAUGAGGCUGCUCGCCUGGCCGAUUUUCCUGGCCCACUGGGGAGGUGCCAGGGCUGAACCAGGGAAGUUCUGGCACGUCACUGACCUGCACCUUGACCCUCACUACAAGGUAUCCAAAUACCCCUUCCAGGUGUGCCCAUCAGCUGGAUUCCAGUCAGUGCCCAACGCAGGCCCCUGGGGUGACUACCUCUGUGAUUCUCCCUGGGCCCUCAUCAACUCCUCCAUCUAUGCCAUGAAGGAGAUUGAGCCGGAGCCAGACUUCAUUCUCUGGACUGGUGAUGACAUGCCUCACGUGCCCGAUGAGAAACUGGAAGAGGCAGCUGUACUGGAAAUUGUGGAAUGCCUGACCCAGCUCAUCAGAGAGGUCUUUCUAGAUACUAAAGCCUAUGCUGCUUUGGGAAAUCAUGACUUUCACCCCAAAAACCAGUUUCCAGCUGGAAUUAACAAGAUCGACAAUCAGAUAGCAGAACUAUGGAAACCCUGGCUUAGUAACGAGUCCAUUGCUCUCUUCAAAAAAGGUGCCUUCUACUCUGAGAAGCUGCCAGGUCCUAGCGGGGCUGGGCAAAUUGUGGUGCUCAACACCAAUCUGUACUACAGCAGUGAGCUGACAGCAGACAUGGUGGACCCUGGCCAGCAGUUCCAGUGGCUGGAAGAUGUGCUGACCAAUGCCUCCAAAGCUGGGGACAUGGUGUACAUUGUUGGCAACGUGCCCCCAGGGUUCUUUGAGAAGACACAAAACAAGGCAUGGUCCCAGGAGGGCUUCAACGAAAAAUACCUGAAGGUGGUCCGGAAGCAUGGUCGCGUCAUAGCAGGGCAGUUCUUCAGGCACCACCACACUGACAGCUUUCGGAUGCUCUAUGAUGACGCAGGUGCCCCCAUAAGCGCCAUGUUCAUCACACCUGGAGUCACCCCAUGGAAAACCAUGUUACCCGGAGUGAUCAAUGGGGCCAACAAUCCAGCCAUCCGGGUGUUCAAAUAUUACUGAGCCACACUGAGCCUGAAGGUCAAGAGUCCUGUGGAGGCCGGAGGAGGAGGGUGGCAGGGGCUUAAAUGCAUCACCACCUCCCCUAACGCUCAGCUUAUCUACCCUCCCCUGACCACUGAGCCUCAGGAAGGUUGAUCUCCUUCCACCCUUCUCCAGCUCAGGAUCAGAACCCUGGAGGCACCUGCCACCAAGUCAGGGCAGUGCUUCCCCAAGUCUCCUUUUCCCCUGGAUGACUGGCACAGCCUCAUACCUGGUCUCCCUGCCUCUGGCCCUGCCCUGCUGUGGUCUAUCUGCUACACAACAGAGAAGAAACUAAUCUCCUAUAGCACCACUUUCAUCUUGUCUCUGUCCUGCUCAAAAACCUUCAAUGGCUCCCCAGUGCCUUCAAGAUAAAGUUGUGUCUCCUUGGCCUAGUACUCAAGGCUUUCCACAGUCUGACUUCAAGCCCAUUGUCCACCUUUUCCAUACACAGACAAGGCUCCAGCCCCUAAUUUUUGAGCAAUCCUUCACCUGGUAGGAUGAGCUUGUGGUUGUUGAGAUGAAAAAUAGUAUUCCUUUAUUUAUCCAUCAAAAUGCAUUAAGUCUGUGCCAUGGGCCAGGCCCUGUUCUAAUCUCAUGAGAUACAUAAAUGUACAAAAAAAAGUCACCCCUCUCCUGGACCUGACAUCUCACAAGAGAGGGACAAUAAAUAUGUAGAAUUAA